GAUUUUGUCGGCGGCAAGGGAUGGCGGCGUGGGCGGAGCAGCUGCAGCGCGAGCUCGCCGGCCGCGGCCUCGCCGUCGCCUCCGUUCCAGGGAAGGGCCGCGGCCUCGUCGCCGCCCGCAGCUUCUUCCCCGGGGAGGUCAUUAUUUGCCAGGAACCCUACGCUUCUACGCCCAACAGGAUCUCGGUUGGAUCGAGCUGCGACCACUGCUUCGCCUCCGGCAACCUGAGGAAGUGCUCGGUUUGUCGAGUAGCUUGGUACUGCGGGAGCGCGUGCCAGAAAGAAGAAUGGAAGCUGCAUCAACUUGAGUGUCAAGCCAUCUCAGCGCUCACAGAGGAAAGGAAGAAGAUGCUUACUCCUACAAUCCGUUUGAUGGUGCAACUUAUACUAAGAAGAAAACUGCAAAGCGAAAAGGCCAUUGCAUCUUCAGCAACAGAUAACUACAAUCUAGUGGAUGCGUUGGAGUCCCACAUCUCGAAGGUUGAUGAUAAUCAGUUGGUCCUCUAUGCUCAAAUGGCCAAUCUUGUGCAGCUGAUUCUCCCUUCAAUUGAACUUGAUCUUAAGGAAAUUGCACAUACUUUUUCUAAGUUUGCCUGCAAUGCUCAUACCAUAUGUGAUCCUGAAUUGAGGCCCCUUGGGACUGGACUGUUUCCUGCUAUAUCAAUUAUUAACCACAGUUGUGUACCGAAUGCAGUUUUGCUAUUUGAGGGUCGGACUGCAUAUGUGCGCGCAUUGCAACCCUUGAGUAGCAAUACUGAGGUAUCAAUAAGUUACAUCGAAACUGCAGCAACCACUUUGAAGAGACACAAUGAUCUCAAGCAGUACUUCUUCACCUGCACAUGUCCCCGAUGUAUUAAGGAUUCUGAGGAAGAUGAUCUCCUGGAGGGAUACAGAUGCAAGGACCAAAAGUGUGAUGGCUUUCUGCUGCCUGACUCGGGAAAGAAGGCUUAUACAUGCCAGAAAUGUAGCAUUUCUAGAGAUGAAGAGGAGGUAAAGAAGGUGUCAAGUGAAAUAUUACUGUUGUCUGACAAAGCUUCUUCGCUUCUUUCAUCUGGAAAUAAUAGUGAAGCAGGUUCAGUGUACAAGAUCAUUGAGCAACUAGAACAGAAGCAUUACCAUUCUUUCUCGAUCACUUUGCUUCACACACGUGAAACACUCCUGAAGAUAUAUAUGGAGUUGCAAGAUUGGCAGACUGCAUUGAUGUAUUGCAGAUUGACUAUUCCAGUUUAUGAAAGAGUUUACCCACCUUUUCAUCCAAUGGUCGGACUGCAAUUCUAUACUUGCGGAAAGCUCGAAUGGUUGCUUGAGUACACGGAGGACGCUCUGAAAUUGUUAACUAGGGCAGCAGAUGUACUUCGGAUAACACACGGCACACAAUCCCAGUUCAUGAAAGAGCUAUUUGGUAAGCUGGAGGAAGCGAGGGCUGAAGUUUCAUUUCGGCUGUCGUCUGGAGAGGAGCAAAUUUCAUGAGAAGGCACAACUCACCGCGAUGGCAGAUAUGGAUCGUCAAUCUCAGGACAGCGGUAUAGGGUACUACUAAGGAUAGCCCAUUAGCACCCUGCAGACGAUGCCUGAAGAUGAUACAAAGUAUACCGUGGUAACAAUGAGAUUGAAAUCCAAUCUUUCGUAGAGGGAGGGUGAUGGGGACAAGGGUGGUUAAACGGAUCGCAUAAACACGCUCUACAAACCGCAUGCCUUUGUCUGAUGUAACAUGGAUAAGGUGUUGAGUUUAAUGAUGUAGCAUUAUUAGCGCCGUGGUUUCUUCUUUGGGAAUUUCUCCUAUCCACAGGCUUGACUUUUUUGUCUGUAACUGAAUCUGUCACAUAGAGAUUGUCUCAUCAAUCAUCUUGCCAAAACAAGGUAAUAUGGGGCGAAAGACUCUAGGAGUUGCAAUCCAAAUUCAUUUACUGGA